ACACACUCUAGUUACAAUACUUGCGACUUUCAACCACCACCGCCAACAACCACAUAUUACAUAUUACAUACCACACAACCACAUAUCGUCUAUUUCUUGUCGCUACCAACGCGAUAAACUGUUCAUAUACCCUCUCUAGCGUUCGAUUCAAUAUAUCCAUGAUUUCCCAUGUCCGCGCCAAGUUCCCCUCCCCGAGAGUCUAACGGGACUGCUCAAGCUGCUCAAGAUGCAGCACCUUCCCACACAUAUCUCACACCCGACCCAACCACCAACCCCGAACUCGACCUGCAGAAGCUUCAGUCACUUCCUGCUGAACAGCAAGACCUAUUCUUGUUCAAUUUCGUCUGCUCCUUGAGCAAACAUGCUCUCAGCUUGCCUGCCGACGACUGCACUGCCCAGCAGUUUUACCUCAAGAAAGAGGUCUUCCAGGUCAUCAACCUUUCUGCGCCCUCACCGAGUCGAGUCAUAAGGACCAAUCUGGGCAAGAUACUUGCCCAUAUUUUUGGGAAUGGAGACAGAAAACUCCUAUUUGAUACCAUAAACGAACUAGUCUCUAUAAUAUCUGCUGCGAAAUCCAAGACCGAGGCCGAUGUUCGAACGAGGCAUGCUGCUGUUAGUUGUUUAGGCGAUGUCUAUGCUGCUGCGGGCGAUAGCGCCAUUGUCCUACACCAAAUGGCCUGUGCUUCCUUAGUCAAGUUGCUCAAGUCGUCUCAGCCUCAUGCUGGCUUACGCGCUGCCGCGCUCAACGCACUAGCCAAGAUUGUAGGCAUGGUACAGGCGAGUAUAGACGAGACUGUCGCGAGAGAUAUUUGGAAACAGGCGCGCAAUGCUGCUUCCGGAGACAAGGGAUCUCUAAUUGUCAUAUCUGCUUGUCGCUGUCUAAAGGUUUUAGCUAGAUGUACCUCGUACUUCGAGAAUUCGAGCGAUUUCGAGAAUCUCAAGUCGACCAUCUUCAAAUCCAUCGACUCUAGCUCUUCACACGUAAGGCAUGCUGCCGCCGAUUGUUUGGCUGAGGCCAUGGUAAAAAACCAUUCGGAAGUUGCCCUUAAUGCCGCGGCAGCAAAAGCCAAGAAGUCUAAAAGUAAAGCUAGUAAGAGGAGCUCGGCUCCGCCAGGCGUUGACCUUGACGAUGAUGAGGACAUCCCAUCACGGCCUGGGAGCCCGGCACCCGGGAAGAGGAGCCAAUAUCUUACGCUAUCAUUAAACGACAUAUUCAAGACUUUAACUACACAAUACGUACGGCUGUCCACCACAAACAGAGCCAGAGCUGCCAUCGGUGUAUGUUAUGGAAGGGUUCUGAAGCGGCUAGGAGAGAAGUUUGUUGAAGCCAACUAUCUAAGAAUCCUUGAAAAUUUGACUAUUGACCUACUGGGUCAUCAAAAUAUCAUCAACAAUCGAUAUAGGCUCCUCAUAUCGCGUCGUAUUAUCGAUACUAUCCUCCAGGUAGUAAUUGGCCAAAAGAUCCUCGGGGAAUCGUGUCAGAUCAGCGUAGCAAAAGUACUUGUCAACGACAUAUUUAAGAAUUACCCUCAAGUACUAAAAGAGCGUCCCGAGCCUACAAAGUCUACCUUGAUUGCAGCACUCGGUGCAGUCGCUUCCCUCGUCAAGUCUCUAGGAUCCGCCGCAAAUAACUUUGCAGAGGCAUGCCGAGAUGGACUACUUCAGGUGUUGCAGCAUCCCAGUUAUAGUGUUCAGGUGUCUGCUUCAUACUGCAUGAAGACAUUCGUCCUUGCAUGUCCUCAGCAGCUGUUACCAUGCCUGUCAGUUUGUAUGAACAGUCUCAGUAGAGAAAUAUCUCUCCUUGGAGGCGCACGAAACUCCCCGAGAAGGUGUAUUGGCUUUGCCCACGGGUUGGCUGCAACACUUAGUGUUAGCCCGUCCCGCCCUCUAUAUGGCUCCCUAGAUAUCAAUAACCGGGUUUAUUCCAUGGCCACAAACCUCCUAAAGACAAGUGGCCAGUCUGAGCUUCGUGUCUCGAGCACCCAGGUUCAGGUAGCCUGGAUUCUCCUAGGGGGGCUUAUGUCGUUAGGACCUAACUUCGUCAAGAUUCAUCUCUCACAACUACUGGUUCUCUGGAAGAAUGCCCUACCAAAGCCACUGGCCAAGGAUAAUUUUGCUCAUCGCAACAUCCUCGAGGUUUCUUACUUGACUCACGUCAAGGAAUGCGCGUUGGGCUCCAUUCUCUCGUUUCUCCAGUUUAACAGCCGCUUAUUGACGGUGGAUGUCUCGAAACGCAUUGCCACCAUGCUUCAAAAUACCAGCAUGUAUCUCAGGAUGCUUCCUUCCAAAAAAACAACUGACGAUAUUUCUCAGAGGCUGACUCCAGCCUUGCAACUGCACGAUCUUGACAUGAUGGUCCAACGACGCGUUCUACAAUGCUACACUAUGUUGGUGAAUCAAAGCCCAGCUGGAGGCAGCGAGGCGCUUCUGCAGUCCAACCUCCUUACCCUAGCAAUAUCUCUAUUUUCAGACCCGGAGAAUUAUGCGGCCAACACUCUAAGCGCAUCUAUUGCUAACGCUGCGGGGACAUUCGAAUCUAUCUGGGACGUUGGCGAUAAUUCUGGCUUCGGGGUCAACAACCUAGUUAGGGGGUUCGAUGUUAAGAAACUCCCUGGACAGAAGGAUGACACGUCCGACAGUCCUCGGAGUGACGAGGCUGAUCCGGACGAAAUCAUCGAUGGCAUACUUUUGUCCCCAAUUUGCCAAUCAUUAGAGCAUGAUGCCGCUGUGCUCUAUGUAGGGGAUGCAGAUCUGUCGACGAACCUUCCAGACCCCCCAGCCACUGAGGUGGUAAACAUGGCAAUCCAGUUAUUCGCAUUUGUGUUCCCUCUAACCCCGGCCAAGGUACAAGAAAGUGUCCUCGAACAAAUUGCCACAUAUAUUUCAGCCGGUCCUUUACAGCGUGACCCGGGACGUAAGGCAGCCAUCAAUGUCAACGUCGCCAGCGCUCUAUUCUUAACCUUGAAGGUUGCCGUCAAGGAGACGCAGUCUCCACCUGGCAACAUCACGAAUAUGGCGGUAGAAAAGCUGCUCCAAGAAAUGACCAGGGGUUUCGUGGUCGAUCCGGAUCAAUACAUUCGCAGUCUCGGAUACGGUGCCAUUGCCCGUCUCUGUAACGCAUGUGGCAACGCGUUCACCAACCACGAGAUUAAGUACUUAGUGGACACCAUUGUGAGCAAUCGGGAACCGAGUGCCCGAGCAGGAUGUGCCAUGGCGCUAGGUUCUAUCCAGGCCAAGGUAGGAGGCAUGGGCGCGGGAUACCAUCUCAAGACCAUCACGGGCAUUUUGAUGUCGCUUUGCAACGAUCCACAUCCGACAGUACACUUUUGGGCCCUCGAGGCCCUGGCUGAUGCUGCCGAUGCUGCAGGUCUUGGGUUUUCGGCAUACGUUUCCGGAACCUUGUGCAUGGUUUCCCAGCUGUACCUUUCUGACACGCACCAUUCCGAGGUAUCCUCUGCCAUUUCCAUGAGCCUAGAGAUGGAUUUAUCGGCUAUCGCUGCCAUUACACAUUGCAUAGACUCUCUCAUCAACGUUGUAGGGCCUGAUUUGCAGGAUUCUACCAAAUCUCGUGAACUUAUUCUCACCCUUGUUGGUCAACUACAAUGCGAGGAGGAUGUUAUUGUGCAGCGCGAAAGUCUGGCAUGUCUCGAGCAUUUGUCACUAUAUGCUCCAGGAUAUAUGGUAUUCAACGAUUAUGUGAAGACUUUACAAAAGUACCUCAACUCCGAUAUCCCUAGCCUCCGCGAUGUCGCGGUAGAUGGCCUUUAUAAUCUGAUGAAGAGGGAUUCCCGCGACGUAUUAGAAGCAGCAGAAUCAGGCUUUGAGGACCAACUCUGGCUCGUCCUAGAUGUCUCGCCCAAUCAUGACGGAAUUCGUAACGUGAUCCGGAACUGGUUGCGUCAGACCUCAUUGACGGAAACGGCAUCUUGGUUACUCCGCUGUCAGAAUGUACUCAAAAUGACACGAGUGAAACCCACGGAAGAUGCUUCCCACCCUUCCAAAGCUCAGACUGCCGCUCUCGACCUACAGGACGAGGAAGUCGCUGGCUUCGCAGUAGCUGCCGGCACUGCCAAGGACGAAAAAGACCUGGUCUCAAGUUCUGAAAUGGAGCCCCUCCGUUGGCAGGUCAGAACUUUUGCAAUGGGUUGUCUUUGUGACAUUUUCCUAUUGAUUGGAAAAGAUGUUGCUACGAAUGGCGAAUCGCCAGCGCAGUCGGCCCUCCAGGCUAGAAUUGCCGAUGUCAUCCGGAUGGCCUUCUCGGCGUCCACGUCUAACGUCCUGGAACUGAGAAUAUGGGGGUUGAAGAUCAUUGGUGCUGUUCUAAGAAUGUUUGGCAAAACACCAGAUCCUGAUUUCGACGAGGCAAUGCUGCUAGAGCAAUAUCAAGCACAGAUCGGCUCCGCAUUGACCCCCGCCUUUGCCGCGGACUCGUCUCCUGAACUCGCCGCGGAGGCCGUCAACGUGUGCGCCGCAUUUAUCUCGACGGGUAUCGUGACCGAUGUUGAUCGUAUGGGUCGUAUACUCAAGACGCUCGUUACGGCCCUUGAGAAUUUCUCGACGGAGACGGAGAAUGCCGGGAUCGGUGAUCUCAAGGGUCUCAGCUCGAAUGCGCAAGUCAUGGUCAAGAUGUCUGUCUAUUCGGCCUGGGCAGAUUUGCAGGUUGCCAGUUCGGAACAAAAGUAUCUACUCGAUGUGCUAAAACCCCACAUAGGCAAGUUGACGCCGUUGUGGCUGGCUUCUCUAAGGGAGUUUGCUCGGUUGAGAUUCGAGCCAGACAUCUCGAUGACGCUAGGACCCCCGUCCAUGUCGGGUAGCCUUGAUACCAUCUACGCAGCUCUCAAUCGAGAAACACUACUUAAGUUCUAUCAAGAAUCUUGGCUGAAGCUCGUUGACGCUAUUGCUAGCCUCAUUGAGCAAGACAGUGAGUUCGUUUUCGAUGCUUUAGAUGGAAAGGAGGCAGAUGCGACGGGUACCAACGGACAUGCCAAGAGUGCCGAUAUCAAUUAUCGUGACGAGCCCGUAGCCUUUUUCUUCGUCCUCUUCGGCAUUGCUUUUGAGGCGCUUGCCACAAGAUCAGGCCAAACCGAUUCCUUGGCUACUCAAGAACAGACACUUGAAAUACUUCAGGCUCUUAAGAAGAUCCUGCACCCAAGUGUUUCUGGCCACGCCAUCUACCGAGAAGCCAUUUUCUCUGAGACCAUGGAUCUGUUAGAUCGUCUUGUCCUGACGGAAGGUCUCGAUGUCCAAGGCGUAAUCGUAGAAAUUGCCCGAGCUCUGUGCGUUGCUCACCCCUCGGCGAGGAAGCAGGAGCAAACCGAAGACGGUGACUUAUCCGAGGAUAUCGAACAGCUAUUCGAGCUCACCCGAAUUAUCGUUCUGGUGCUUUCUGGACUAUUGCCUAACCUGACCGAGGCCAACCAACCCGUACGCCAUCAUUUAACCGAAGAAGCUAUUCUUCUCAUAAGAACUGGGCUCAACGCCAUUGUAGACGCGGCGGAGGUAUUCCCGGUAAUCAUCAAGACGGAUCUGCAUGCGUGUAUCAUUCAUAUCUUCGCGACUAUAUUAGCCACGCCUGCUUGCCAGGAGGUCAUCGUUCCCCAAGCUCUACCGAUUUUCAAGAGGUUUAUGGCAAGCAUGUGCAAAUCUCACGGCGCAGAGGGAAGAGAGGCUAUUGACAUGCAGAUAGAGGGAUGUCUACGCCGCUACCUAUCUAUUUAUCUAAAUGCGCAAAGACGGGAGGCUCCGACCUCUCUACAAUGCGUCAAGAACUGCUUGCUUGCCAUCACGAUCCUCUUCACCGGUGGAAGUAAUGAGCUUGCAGCCAGCGAUCGCCUCGUUGCCAAAUAUCUAGACGAAGUGAUUGAUUGUCUAACCGAUCGCAUGACGGCGAGAAUCGCAGCGAAUUGUAUUCGGUCCCUGCUCUUGCAACCCUCGCCCACCCUUGCCGAUCAAUCGAUCGCUCGCUACCUUCUUCCCCGUCUAAUUGCCUUCGUGGUAGACACGGAACCAGAGGACCCAGAGAGCGCACGCAAACUCGUAGCGCACAACUUAACGCAGUACGUGGCGACCCUCGGCAGCGGACACACCCAAAUCGCCAUGUCCGUCGUCGCACCAGCUCUGCUCUCCCGCGCGGCUAGCGAGGGCGCAGCGGUAUACCACGAGACGAGCGCGCGGCUGCUCGAGCUAGCCUCGGCCGACCAAGCGGGCUUCAGGGGCGUCGUGGCCGCCAUGAGCGACGGCCAGAGGGCCUUCAUGGAGGAGGUCAUCCGCUCCGGUCGCCAGACUAGCGGCCCUGAGAAGGACGCGGGUAAUAUGGGACAGCCUAGCAUUGCACUGAAGAUGGACUUUGGUGGUUAAUGCCCGGGUAGGUAGGGAAUAGGGGGAGGCAAUGAAUGAAAUGGAUCUAUGGAUGGUCGUUGGAUAGGGGGGUAGGUGUCGAGGUGCUGAGUUGCUGAAGGACUGAGAGGCUGAGGUGCUUAAGAGACGAUGUAUGGUCGGUCAUGUGACUCACGUCGCUUUUGAUGAUGCCUAGGUACUGUUACUGUAGGUCUACAUACCUUGUGGUGGAUCGCAAAUGGACUGUAAAUUGUGGAUGGUGGAUGAUACAUAGAUAUGCGGGUGGCGGUGGCGGGUGGCGGAUGGCGGAUAGAAGAUGAUGAGACAAGACAGGUGUGGUUAAAAGGGGCUAUGUACCUACAUACAUACAUACAUACAUAGGUACAUACGUAGCUAACUUGAAGGUUCAACAUUGACAGGCGGUUAAGAGGGGAAUGCCGCUCGUCAGAUAGGAGGCAAUGUUGGUUGGUGGUGGCGUGGAAAUAAGUAAAUUAGUAAAUACCUAACUAAGUACUACUACCUACUUGAAAUG